AUGUCAAAUUUGCAUGUGAUGCAAGUCGACAAAACCAAAAACACAUGUAAAACAAAAGAGUGAAGCAUGCAAAAUAAUUCCGUAAACAAAAUCAAAAAAAUAAAGAAAAAUGGAAUUGCGAGGAAUAAAAUUUAUAAACAAAAAAAAUGUAAACUUAAGAUUGAUGAUGAAAUAUUACAACUUCAAGAAAAAUAUGAAAGCAUAAACCCUGAAGCAAUCAAUUUUUUUUCGGACUUUCCAUUAUCGAAGAAAACUUUAGAUGGACUGCUAUACUCCAAAUAUAAAGUUCCUACAGAUAUUCAGAGAGAAAGUAUAGGGCUUUCGCUUCAAGGUCGAGAUAUAUUGGGUGCUGCAAUUACAGGGAGCGGUAAAACAUUAGCAUUUCUCAUACCGAUUUUAGAGAAUCUUUUUAUCAAAAAGUGGUGUAGAACUGAUGGUGUUGGGGCUAUCAUAAUAUCGCCAACACGAGAACUUGCUUAUCAAAUAUUCGAAACACUUAAAAAGAUUGGAGUAAAUCAUGACUUUUCAGCUGGUCUUAUAAUUGGUGGAAAGAAUUUAAAAUUUGAAAGAACCCGCAUGGAUCAAUGUAAUAUAAUAAUUUGCACGCCGGGUCGUCUCUUACAACAUAUGGAUGAGAACCCAUUAUUCAAUUGCAGUUCAAUGCAAAUUUUGGUAUUAGACGAAGCUGACCGUUGUCUUGAUAUGGGUUUCGAAGAAACUAUGAAUGCAGUAAUAGAAAACUUACCCGCAGAAAGACAAACCUUACUUUUUUCAGCAACACAAACAAGGUCAGUGAGAGAUUUAGCAAGGUUAAGCUUGAAAAAUCCUGCUUAUGUUGCGCCACAUGAACAACAGGCAGUAACCCCGGCUGAAUUAAAACAAAAUUAUAUUAUAACAAAUUUGGAAGACAAAAUUUCCGUUCUAUGGUCGUUUGUAAAAAAUCAUUCAAAACAAAAAUUGAUAGUUUUCAUGUCUACAUGUAAGCAAGUCAAAUUUAUUUUUGAAAUAUUUUGCAAGCUAAGACCGGGAAUAAGCUUGCUGGCUUUAUAUGGGACAUUACAUCAAGACAGAAGAGUUGCAAUUUAUGAUGAUUUUUGCAGGAAAAAGUCUUGUUGCUUAUUUGCAACAGAUAUAGCAUCGAGAGGUCUUGACUUUCCAAUAGUAAAUUGGGUUAUACAGUUGGAUUGCCCUGAAGACGUAGAUCAAUAUAUUCAUAGAGCAGGAAGAACAGCUAGGCACCAUGCUAAAGGUGAAAGUUUACUUAUUUUAACUCCCAGUGAAGAAGAGGGUAUGCUUGAAGAACUCAAAUCGAGAAAAGUCGAAAUAAAUCAGAUAUUUGUUGAUCCACGACGAAUUUUUAAUCCCAAAGCUAAAAUGGAGGCGUACUUAGCUGCAAAUAAAGAACUAAAAGAAUCAGCUCAACGAGCUUUGGUAGCUUAUAUCAAAUCAGUAUACCUAAUGAAAAACAAAAAAAUAUUUGAUGUUGAGAAAUUAAAUUUUGAUGCAUUUGCUCAUUCCCUGGGGCUACCCUUCACACCCCGAGUCAGGUUUUUAGAAAACAUAAAAAUUAAGAAAGCUAAUAAACUGCGAGCUCUUAAUAAAUCUUCAGAAAAUAUUGAAAAUGUCAUGAAACCUAAGAAAAAUUUGAAAAAUGUUUCACAAGAAAACGAGUUUGUUUCUGGGAACGAAGAAGCUGAAAGAACUGAAAGCAAUGAACUUGAAUUGAAAAAUUUAAUAGACACCGACAGUGAUGAUGAUGAUUUGCUCAAAAUUAAACGAAAAGAUCAUCAAAUUAGUGAUGCUGAAGAAAAUGACCCAAUUGAAAAUAUCGAAGAAUUAAAAAAAGAGAAAAAUAAAGCAAAAACCGUAACUAAAGCAUCAAUAGCAAAACGAAUGGUAAGAAAAAAGAUUUUACCAAACAAAAGAGUUAUGUAUGAUGACGAAGGUGAACAAGUUAUUGAUCCAAUUAAAAAUCUUCAAUCCGAAAUAGGGCGAAAAUACUUAGAAGAUGAGCAAGAUAACCAAGGUGGUAUCGAUUUGCAAAAAGCUAAAAAAGUUCUUCAAGAAGAAGAUAAGUUUGAUAAAGAAAGAUUCAGGCAAUUUGUAAAAACAAAAAGGAAACAAAAGAAACUGAAAACCAAGAAAUCUCUCAAUGAUUCAGAUACUGAGAAUGUUGAAACAGACGAUAGUGAAGAUAUUGAUUUAUCAUGGUUACCGGAUCCCGAAAAAGUUUACGGAGAAGAAGUAAAAGAAUGUAAUAGUAAUAUAAACUUAGGGUCAUUUCGAAGUAAUUACGAAGACUAUUGCAAUGAAGAUGAUGAAAAAGAUACUAAUGAUAUGUUUAAUAAACCGAAAAGAAAAUUAAUAGAAAGUUCAAAAAAGAAAAAUAAGGCCGAGCUUUUUAACCAAAAUAUAAGUAAUGAAGACGAAGAUAAAUUCUCCGAAGAUGAACCACCAAAUCGUAAAAGGGUUAAGAAGCUUAUUACUAAACUAUCAAUCGAGGAUGCUGAAACCCUUGCAUUAAAAUUGUUAAAAAAAUAAAUCAGUUUUAUUUUGUGUUUUAAUUUUUAAUAAGUUAAUAAACCUAUAUUGCUACUAUAUUAAAACAAGAAUGUUUAAAGGUUAUUUAAAUUUGAAAUUCCCGUUCUUUAUAGAUAUAGGCGCUAAAAAUAU